CGGAAACGCAAAUAACAAUCUUGCACCAAUUGGACAACUUUGGAAACAACGUACGACAGUGGAUGUUCAUGUUCCUACUUUCUAACUACCCGAGCCAAAUCUCCAAUGUUUCCAAAUCUCACUUUCUCUCAUUCUUCACAUUCACAUCCAAAUCUUUUUCAUUAUGAUGAUUAGUUAUAGGACCCCUCGUUCUCACCCUCCUUCGUUAUCCACCACAGUUGUUAUUGCCAAUGGAAACUGCACUAUCCCCUCACAAAUCCCAAAUCCCUCUUCUGGGUUCUUCCUUUUUGGGGUCUUCUUUUGCCUCAAAGUUGAGAAUUUGGAGCAAACCCUUUUCCCGGAUUUGUUGUUCCUCCAUGGAACAAAGGCUGAAACCCAAACCAAAGAAGGUUGAGUACAUGGAAAGACAAGUGCCACUUUUGGAUGAUACCACGAAAACGUCCUCUUCUGGGCUCUGUAGUCAGAUAGAGAAGUUGGUUUUGUGUAAUAGGUACCGGGAGGCAAUGGAGUUUUUUGAAAUUUUGGAACUUGAACAUGAUGGUCAUGAUGUGGGUUGUAGCACUUAUGAUGCUUUGGCGAGUGCUUGUGUGGGGUUGAGAUCCAUUAGAGGUGUUAAGAGGGUGUUCAAUUAUAUGAUUAGUAGUGGGUUUGAGCCUGAUUUGUAUGUGAUGAACAGGGUUUUGUUUAUGCAUGUGAAAUGUGGUCUCAUGCUUGAUGCACGCAAGCUGUUUGAUGAAAUGCCAGAGAAAGACGUGGCGUCGUGGAUGACCAUGAUUGGCGGACUGGUGGACUCUGGGAAUUUAUCUGAAGCUUUUAGGUUGUUUUUGUGUAUGUGGGAGGAGUUUAAUGAUGGGAGAUCUCGCACAUUCGCCACCAUGAUUCGGGCAUCAGCUGGAUUGGGUCGUGUUCAGGUGGGAAAGCAAAUUCAUUCAUGUGCUUUGAAAAGAGGGGUCGGCGUUGAUAAUUUUGUGUCUUGUGCACUGAUUGACAUGUAUAGCAAGUGUGGUAGCAUUGAAGAUGCUCAUUGUGUGUUUGAUCAAAUGCCAGAGAAGACAACUGUAGGAUGGAAUUCCAUUAUUGCUAGCUAUGCACUCCAUGGUUAUAGUGAGGAAGCUCUUAGUUUAUACUAUGAAAUGCGUGAUAGUGGUGCUACAGUAGAUCAUUUUACUAUUUCAAUAGUGAUAAGAAUUUGUGCAAGAUUGGCGUCAUUGGAACAUGCAAAACAAGCUCAUGCUGCUUUAGUUCGUCAUGGUUUUGGCACAGAUAUAGUGGCGAACACAGCACUUGUUGACUUCUAUAGCAAAUGGGGCAGGAUGGAAGAUGCCCGGCAUGUUUUCAACAGGAUGCGCCGCAAGAAUGUUAUAUCUUGGAAUGCAUUGAUUGCUGGAUAUGGUAACCAUGGUCAGGGAGAAGUGGCCGUGGAAAUGUUUGAGCAGAUGCUUCGAGAAAGGGUGAUUCCAAACCAUGUCACUUUCCUUGCUGUCUUAUCUGCUUGUAGCUAUUCAGGAUUAUCAGAACGAGGUUGGCAGAUUUUUUACUCUAUGAGAAGAGAUCACAAGGUUAAGCCUAGAGCAAUGCAUUAUGCAUGUAUGAUUGAAUUAUUAGGCCGGGAGGGCUUAUUAGAUGAGGCUUAUGCACUAAUAAAAAAUGCCCCUUUCAAACCAACACCAAACAUGUGGGCAUCAUUGCUGACGGCGUGCAGAAUGCGUGAGAAUCUAGAGCUAGGGAAGUUAGCAGCUGAAAAACUUUACAGUAUGGAGCCUGAAAAGCUGUGUAAUUAUAUAGUGCUUCUGAAUCUAUACAGCAGUUCCGGAAAAUUGAAGGAAGCUGCUGGUGUUUUACAGACCUUAAAGAGGAAAGGUUUAAGAAUGCUUCCAGCAUGUACCUGGAUUGAAGUCAAGAAACAGCAAUAUGCUUUCCUUUGUGGAGAUAAAUCUCAUUCCCAAACAAGGGAAAUAUAUCAAAAACUGGAUAACAUGAUGGUUGAGAUAUCUAGGCAUGGUUAUGUUGAGGAGAAUAGAACUUUGCUUCCUGAUGUGGAUGAAGACGAGCAGCACAUUCUAAAAUACCAUAGUGAAAAGUUGGCUAUAGCUUUUGGGCUUAUCAACACUCCACAUUGGACACCUUUGCAAAUUACUCAAGGCCAUCGUGUGUGUGGUGAUUGCCACAGUGCUAUUAAACUUAUUGCCAUGGUCACAGGACGAGAAAUUGUGGUACGAGAUGCUAGUAGAUUUCACCACUUUAGAAAAGGGACUUGUUCUUGUGGCGAUUAUUGGUGAUGACAAAUUAUGUCUUUCAAGUCAAAAUUUGUCAUCACCUAUAAACCGAGUAGCUUAUUGUUAGCUUAGCUUACCUCCUCUCCUUGCCCCCCCUAACCUUAGCCACACUUUUGAUUAGGAUACAAUUCUACGAUACAUGUAAUUUAUUUUGUGAUUCGUUUAUAAAAUUCCUAUAUUCUUCAAGCA